GGAUGGAUUAUGAAUUUUAAAAGAAGGAAUAAUAUUAAAGAGUACUAUAAAUUAGGUGAGGCAGCUAGUGCACCGAUUAAUGAAUUGCCUACAUUCAGAAGUGAGUUACAAUCUGUAAUUUCACAGUAUGAUUUAGAAGAU